GCGACACUUUUACCACAACACCAUCCAUUCUGUCCCUUCAAUUUAACCUUUACAUUCUUUAAUUUGUUUAUUCAAUUGUAUUAUAUAUUAACCAUGAGACUACAAGGAGUUCUGCGGUCUUUUGGCCUGCUUUCACGCCCCUACGCCCGGUCUUAUCUCCCAGCUGGCCCUGCCCGGAGAGCCUUUCAGACGGUCAGUUCCUCGUCCCGGGUGCCAGACUUUGCCUUUGCUUUUGACAUUGAUGGCGUUCUCCUGCGAUCGUCCAAACCCAUCCCCGGAGCAGCCGACUCGCUGGCUCUUCUGAAGGACCAAGGCAUUCCGUUCAUUCUCUUGACCAACGGUGGUGGAAAACAUGAGACGGAAAGAGUUGCGGAAAUUAGUGAAAAGCUCGAGGUGCCAUUGGAUGCGUCGGUGAUUGUCCAGAGUCACUCCCCCUUUGCGGAGCUUGUUAGAGGGCCGGACGAAGCAAGCUCUUUGGAGAACAAGUGUGUACUGGUGGUUGGAGGAGAUGGCGGCCGCUGUCGUCAGGUAGCUGAGCAAUACGGAUUCAAAAACGUCGUCACCCCCGGUGAUAUUUUCAUGGCCAACCCUGCCAUCUGGCCAUUCUCUAAGCGUUUCAGCAACUAUUAUGAGAAAUUUGCAAGGCCGAUCCCCAACCCAGUAGAUCCUACCGAUCCGACCAAGGGGCUCAAGAUCGAUGCCAUCUUCGUCUUCAAUGACCCCAGGGACUGGGGCCUUGACACUCAAGUGAUUAUGGAUGUUCUCCUGUCAUCUCAAGGUGUUUUGGGUACUAUUUCGGAAAAGAAUGGUCGAACUGACCUCCCCAACCGAGGCUUCUUGCAGGAUGGCCAGCCGCCGUUAUACUUUUCGAACCCGGAUCUGUGGUGGGCUGCUGCUUAUCACCUCCCCCGUCUUGGCCAGGGUGCAUUCCGUGAAGCGUUGGAAGGAACCUGGGCUGCGACAACAGGCGGCCCAAGCAAAGGUGUUGAGCUGAAGAAGACCGUUAUCGGAAAGCCUCACCAAGGUACAUAUGAGUUUGCAGAGGAUCAACUUCUGCGGAACCGAUCCAAGAUUUUUGGAUCCAAGGCAACCCAGCCUUUACAGAAUAUAUACAUGGUUGGAGAUAACCCCGAGUCCGACAUCUGUGGUGCAAACACCUACCGGAGUGGACAUGGAAGUGCCUGGCAUUCCAUCCUCGUGAGAACUGGUGUUUACAGCGGAGGCGAGCCUACUUGGAAGCCGAAAACCAUUGUUGAUGACGUACGGAGAGCCGUUGAAUUCGGACUGAAGUCUUCUCAAUGGCAGGUGACCAAGGUUUAAGGCUUAUGGGUGCACACGCAAUAGGUAUGCGAUUUAUAUACCCGAUUUGUACAUUAUCCCUGCAAGGCAUCAUCUGGAUCUAUGCCAUCAUCGUCAUCAAGUCCAUUAGCAACAUACCAUUGAGAGAGCAUUUAGCCCCCAGUCAAUUCGAUAUUAUUUAGAUAACCAAUUGGAUUAUUCUAUACUGCUCAGAAAUAUAACAAGC